AUGGAGGUCACAACUCACAUAGCAAUAGUUUCAGUCCCAGUAUAUAGUCAUCUACGUUCAAUUCUUGAAUUCUCCAAGAGACUAGUUCAUCUCCAUCAUGAUACUCGUGUCACAUGCAUUAACCCUACGUUUGGUUCACCCUGCAACAACACCAAAGCCCUUUUUGAUUCUCUUCCCUUAACCAUAAACCACAUGUUUCUACCACCAAUUAACUUGGAGGACCUUCCACAUGACACUCACCCUGCAAUCCAAGUUCAAAUCACCAUCUCUCGUGCGCUACCUCUAAUCUAUGAUGCAUUGAAGGCAUUGCAUGCUAGCUCAAGGCUUGUUGCAAUCGUUUCUGAUGGUUUGAUAACACAAGUGUUACCCUUUGGCAAAGAACUCAAUGUCUUGUCCUACACAUAUUUUCCAUCCACAGCAAUGUUACUAUCACUUUGUUUGUAUUCUUCCAUGCUAGACAAGACAAUAUCUUGUGAGUACAGAGACCUAUCAGAACCUGUACAAAUCCCUGGCUGCAUACCGAUUCAUGGGACUGAUCUUCCAGACCCUCUUCAAGAUCGAUCAGGCGUAGCAUAUAAGCAAUUUCUUGAAGGUAAUGAAAGAUUCUAUUUAGCUGAUGGUAUAUUGGUUAACAACUUUUUUGAGAUGGAAGAAAGAACCAUAAGAGCCUUACAACAAGAAGAGGAGAGAGGAAUCCCUUGUGUUUAUGCAAUAGGACCCUUUGUGCAAGAGGAGUCAUGCAAAGAGGGAAGUAGUGACAUAGAAUGUUUGAGAUGGUUGGACAAGCAACAACACAGUUCUGUCUUGUAUGUUUCCUUUGGAAGUGGUGGCACACUUUAUCAUGAGCAAAUAAACGAGCUUGCUUGGGGAUUGGAAUUGAGUUGUCAAAAGUUCUUGUGGGUGUUAAGACCUCCUAACAAGUUUGGCAUUAUUGCAGACAUUGGAGCUAAAAAUGAAGAUCCUUUUGAAUUUCUACCAAAUGGGUUUUUGAAGAGAACAGAAGGGCAUGGUUUGGUGGUUCCUUAUUGGGCAUCCCAAGUUGAAAUCCUUGCUCAUGGUGCAAUUGGGGGAUUCCUAUGCCAUUGUGGUUGGAACUCCACACUUGAAGCUGUUGUGCAUGGGAUUCCACUGAUUGCAUGGCCACUCUUUGCAGAGCAAAAGAUGAAUGCGGUUUUACUGACUAAUGAUUUGAGAGUGGCUCUUAGGCCUAAUGUAAAUGAGAAUGGGAUAGUGGAAAGGGAAGAAAUAUGUGGGGUCAUAAGGAAUCUAAUGGUGGGAGAAGAGGGUAAGAGAAUUCGUCAAAGAAUGAAAAUUUUGAAAGAUGUAGCUGUUGAUGCUCUGAAGGAUGAUGGAUCUUCAACAGUGACCCUUACACAAUUGGCACUAAAAUGGAAAAGUUUAAGUUUGGGAGAUGCAUAA